AUGUCUCGUUCAGUGAAUAAAAGGUCUAUGUCUGCGGACAGCGAUGACAGUGAUUUCGAAGAUAAUGGAGUCGAUAUUGCUAAAAGUAUUGCUUUUAAUGCAAGUGGAAGUGAUAGUAGUGAUGAUUCAGAUGAAGAGGACGAUUUUAAAGUCGAUGACGGUGUGCAGGAUUUGAUUGAGUAUAGUGAUGAGGAAACCACUGAGAAAGAGGUUAAGAAGACUAAAAAAGCUUCUAAUCCUUUUCCUUUAUUAGAAAUGUCAGAUGAUGAAGAUGAUAAAAAUUCUAAAAAUAGUGCAUUUAAUGAUGAUGCUGAUGAUGUGAAUGAUUAUUUUUCUACCAACAUGCAGGAUAAGUCCAAACAUAAGAAAGGUAGUUUCCCAAGUUUCGGUUUAUCAAAACUUAUUUUAUCAAAUAUCAAUAAGAAAGGUUUUAGGCAACCAACUCCUAUUCAACGUAAAACCAUUCCAUUGAUUCUGCAGAGAAGAGAUAUUGUUGGUAUGGCGAGAACAGGUUCUGGUAAGACCGCUGCUUUCAUUUUGCCUAUGAUUGAAAAAUUAAAGACACAUUCAGGCAAGAUCGGUGCUCGUGCCGUUAUUUUAUCACCAUCAAGAGAAUUAGCUAUGCAGACUCAUAAAGUUUUCAAAGACUUCUCCAGAGGAUCUCAAUUAAGAAGUGUCCUAUUAACCGGUGGUGACUCCUUAGAGGAGCAAUUCAGUAUGAUGAUGUCAAACCCAGAUGUUAUAGUGGCUACUCCAGGUAGAUUUAUGCACUUAAAAGUUGAAAUGGGUUUAGAUUUGAAAACUGUUGAAUAUGUAGUAUUCGAUGAAGCUGAUAGAUUAUUUGAAAUGGGUUUCCAAGAACAGUUAAAUGAAUUAUUGGCCUCGUUGCCAAUGAACAGGCAAACUUUAUUAUUCUCUGCGACUUUACCAAAUUCAUUAGUCGAUUUUGCUAAAGCUGGUCUAACAAAUCCUGUAUUGGUUAGAUUAGAUGCCGAAUCAAAGAUAUCAGAAAAUUUACAACUUGCAUUUUUCAGUACGAAGAAUGAAGAGAGAGAAGCAACUUUACUUUACAUUUUACAAGAUGUCAUCGAUUUACAAAUAGGUACGGAAGAAGAAAUAAAGAAAUUGACUGCAUCCAAUAAGAGAAGUGAUGAAAUAGAUUCAGAUAAUGAAAGGGAACAAGCUGACAGAAAACUUAAUAAGAAGAAAAAAUUCGAGAAAUUUAUUAAACCAAAAUUACCUUCUGCAAAUGAAUUACCUUCUGAAAAAGCUACAAUUGUCUUCGUACCAACACGUCAUCAUGUCGAAUAUAUUUCUAAUUUGUUAAAAGAUUGUGGUUAUUUGGUCUCUUAUCUGUAUGGUACAUUGGACCAGCACGCUCGUAAACAUCAAUUAUUCAACUUCAGAGCCGGUUUAACUUCAAUCCUGGUUGUCACUGAUGUUGCUGCAAGAGGUGUGGAUAUUCCAAUGUUAGCUAAUGUCAUUAAUUAUUCUUUACCAGCUUCAUCCAAAAUCUUUGUCCAUCGUGUAGGUAGAACAGCAAGAGCAGGUAAUAAAGGUUGGGCAUAUUCAAUUGCUUCAGAAACUGAAUUACCAUACUUACUGGAUUUAGAACUAUUUCUUGGUAAGAAAAUUCUAUUAACACAAAUGUAUGAAGCCACCUGUUCUUUAGCCAAAAAUAAGUGGAUUGCAGCAGGUAAUGAAGAAUACACUUUCCAACCACCAAAACCAUCGUAUACUGAUAGAAUGAUUCUUGGUUCAUGUCCACGUCUAGAAUUAGAAAAUAUUGGUGAUCUAUAUAAGAAUAUCAUGUCAGCUAGUUUUGACUUGCAAAUGGCGAAAAAAACUUCUUUAAAAGCUGAAAAGUUAUACUUCAGAACACGUACAGCUGCAUCACCAGAAUCAAUUAAAAGAGGCAAAGAGCUUAUUGCCUCUGGAUGGGAUGAACAGCAUAUUAUGUUUGGGAAAAAUGUCGAAAAAGAAAAACUUGAUUUCUUAUCAAAGUUUCAAAAUAGAAACAAUAAAGAAACUGUUUUUGAAUUUGGUAGAAAUCCUACAGAUGCAACAGCAGUUUUAAUGAAUAGAAGAAGAAGACAAUUAGCUCCAAUACAGAGAAAGGCAGUCGAAAGACGUAAGCUGCUUGAGAAAGAAAGAUUAGCAGGUCUAUCGCAUGCAUUAGAGGAUGAAAUUCUAAAGGGUGAAGAUCAUGAAAGCGGUUACACUAUUUCUAAAGAGGCAUUAGCUGCAUUUGAGGAUGCUGAUAAGCUAUUGCAAGAACAAGAGAAAAAGAAGAGAAAACCAAAAACCUAUAAAGAUCCUCAAUUUUUCUUGAGUCAUUACGCACCAGCUAAGGAUAUUCAAGACAAGCAGUUGAACUUAACUAGUGGUUUCACUAAUGAUGCUGCUCAAGCUGCAUAUGAUUUGAAUAAUGAUGACAAAGUACAAGUUCAUAAGCAGACAGCUAAUAUUAAAUGGGAUAAGGGUAGGAAGAAGUAUGUCAAUAUUAAUGGUCUUGACAACAAGAAAUAUAUUAUUGGUGAAGGUGGCCAAAAGAUUCCAGCAAGUUUUAAAUCUGGUAGGUUCGAUGAAUGGUCUAAGGCAAGACAUAUCAAACCGUUGAAGGCCGGUGUUAGAGAAGAUAGUAUUCCAACUAAUCUUUUGGCAGACGUUACGGGCCCCUCCGAUGGGAGUAGAACCUUUGGAGGAAGGUUCAAGCACAAACAAAACAAAGCUCCAAGGUUACCUGAUAAACACAGAGAUGAUUAUGAAUCACAAAAGAAGAAAGUUCAGAAUGCAUUAGAAAGAGGGGUCCAAGUUAAGGGUUAUAAUAAUAGAAAUAGUGUCAAAUCUGAAUUGAAGACCGUUGCACAAAUUAGAAAGGAAAGAAUGGUAAACGAAAAUAAGCAAAAGAAAAAUGCCCGUCCUUCUAAAAAAAGAAAAUACUAA